UAAUUAAGGGCAAAUUGUGAGAGAAUCUUUCAGACUAUUGCGCUCCGCGUUUGGGCUCCCGUUGAACCCUGCCGAGCAGCAGCUGCAGGCUGCUGCAGCCAGCCCCCAGCCAUCGAGUUGUUGUGGAAACGGCAGCUUAUAGCGUAACACUUGCCUCCCAGAUUCUGGCCGACUCAUCCUCCUUCAACACCUCAUUAUAGCUUUCAACGACAGCCAAAUCUGCCUCCCAACUUUUCAUGCUUGGCUGAUGCCAUCUACAAUCCAGUCAUUUGUUGUUCCCAUCUUACUGAUCAGCUACGCACUAUCAUCGAGAAGAGAGACAAGAUCCAGCUUCCGCGCCGCUGGCAUUCCAGCCCAAUAAUCCUAGCUGUCACCACGAUGGCACCAACCCUCAGAGAGUCUAUCCUCACCCUACUCGCGCCCCCUCCUACCGGCUCGGCUACCGGCCAUUCUGGUGGACCCCUCGUUGCGGCCAAAGACCUUUUCGCGAGCACCUCGUUGCAUCGUCGAGACGACGACAAAGUAGACCCUUCUCGCGGCGUUCUCGAUCCGCACGACAUCUCCAACGUCGGCUUCUUCGUGCUAUUCGCUCUGAUUGGCGUGGCGUUCGUCUGCACGGGCAUCUGGUUCUUCUUCUGGGCAAAGAAUGGAGGAUUCUACUUCAAAGAGAACGAUUGGGAUGAUUACAAGACGACUGUAUUAAGAAGAAAAGGACCCAACGGCACUUUGCUGAGCGGUGCCACUGAGAGUACGAAUUUGGGAGGCGGCAGUGUCUACAAGGAUGUUGUCGAUGACGAUGGCCGCACUGUUGUCACCGAAUCGACGGCGUUGAGUGGCAUCACUGCCGGACCCAGCGACAUUGGCGCCCGCGAGAAACGGGAGCGCAAGCGCGAGAUGAGGGAAAGGGAACGUGAGCGCCGACGCAACGAAAAGAAGAGCACUAGCGACAGCGCCAAGCGCUCGAAACGACAUGUCGGUAGUGAGGGUGUCGAGGACGAGGAAGCCGAGCGUGCGGCCAAAGAGUAUCUGCGCAACUACCGCCACGAGAAGGCUGCAAGAGUGGGUGGGUUGAACAAGGAGAGUGAGGGCUCGCAGUGGGAUGGCAGCACAAACCCCGGUGACUCGACCGUGUCGUCCAACCUGCUGUCCAACAAGCAGGCCACGCCGACCUCCACACCAACCAAGGCUGGUGGCAUUCGCAAGGUCUACAGUACAACGACGAAGAACGAGAGCCCCUCCCGCCACAAGGAGGCCAGCCGUCGCUCGCGCCGUGAAGAUGGACCACCCCCUGCUGCGUCCUCCGGCACCAGCUCACCAAGCCGUGUCGCGCGCAGGGACUUUAGCUAUCAGAGAAGCGUCGUCGGCUCGGACAGUGCGCUCACGGAGAGCCUGCUGGAGGGCACGAGCAGUGACCUUGGCACCAAGAGCUAUCAUCAUCCCAGGCCCGAGCUGAGGGCGCAGAGGCAGAAGGAACGCGAGGAACGACGGGCGAGAAGGGGAGGGUACCGCCGGGGCAGGGGUGAGGAUGAUGAAGAGCUCUGAGGGGAUUGUGCUUGGAAGGAAGGGAACGGCGCUGGAUGGGAGUGAUUUGGAUGUCUUGACUGUAUGUAGAAUAUGAUAGGAUGACUCUUUAUGAGGUCGGA